CUAAAGGACAAUAAUGAAAUGACACUGAGGCCAACUAUUCCUGCCACUGGUUACAAAGCUGAAUGAGGAUCAAUCUUUUUCCUCAUCAUGAACAUGAGGAGGAUGCUUUUGGAGCAGAUCCUGCCUACAACCCAAGCCUCAGCGAGCUCUGAAAACACUUCAUAUGGUCGGUCAGAUUUAACAGACACCCCAGAAUGGCAGAUGAUCUACGCCAUCGCACCUCCUUACAUCCUCAUCCUGUCGAUCUUAGGGCUCGUCUUCAACAGCUUCGUCCUAGCAGUGUUUGUAGCCCAAAGGGACCACCUGACGGUGGCAGAAACCUACCUGAGUAACUUGGCUCUGGCAGACUUCCUCCUAUUGUGUGGCCUCCCUUUCUGGGCGAUGAAUAUCCUGAACAAGUUCAAAUGGUCAUACGGAGAUGCUAUGUGCAAACUGAUCAACUCCAUUAUAGUCAUCAAUUACUACACCAGCAUCUACACCCUGGUCAUGAUUAGCAUCGAUCGCUACCUAGCCCUUGUGAAAACCAUGAAGGCGAGGUGGUUAAGACGGAAUCGGUAUGCUAAGAUGAUGUGCUUCAUCCUGUGGCUGUUGGGGCUGUUUCUCAGUCUGCCAACCAUGAUUCACAGGAAGAUAAAAUUCAUUGAGGAGCUCAAUACAACUGCCUGUAUACUAGAUUACGCCAAUGACAGUUCUUGGAAGUUUUCCAAUCAUAUUCUGAUUAACGUGGUGGGCUUCGUGCUUCCGAUUCUCGUCAUUGUUUUCAGCAGCUGGAAAAUAAUCAAGGCUUUGUCUCAGAGGACGGAAAAUGCAGCUUUCCAUGACUUCAAAGACACAAAGGCUAUGGUGCUCAUUUUUGCCGUAACGCUGUUAUUUCUACUGUGUUGGUUUCCCUUCCAGGUUUUGACCCUCCUAGAGACCCUCUGUGAUCUGAACGUUUUGGAUGAAACGCUCUGGUCUAACACUCUCGACAUUGGAUCACAGGUUUCUGUAUAUCUGGGUUUUCUCAACAGCAUGCUAAAUCCCCUUCUCUAUGUCUUCUCUGGGCAGUAUUUUAAAAGGAAGGUUAAUGCCAUCUAUAGAAGGGCUAGACAUCAGCGCAGAGGAUCAGACAUGACUACAUACCAGCGAUCGGUGGUGUCCACAUAUGUCAACAGAACAGAGCAAAUAAGACAUGUGGUCCUUUUAAAUCCUAAAGAUCACAUAGGACUCUAACACAUUAAUUGCAUCAUUGCUAAUUAGGCAGCACUGCAACAUACCUUUUGCUCUAAUCUUUCGAGAAGCAAUGAUGUAAGACCUCUUGCCAGUAGACAGAUGGAGAUAGGCACAAGCACGCCUUGCGAUCCCAUGAUGGUGAUGAUAUGAGACAAAGUUUUACGUUUCCACAGUCUAUGACGGCCUGCAUCUUGGACUGUACACAUGCUUUGUGUUUCUAAUUGUUUCAUUUGCUUGACAUUUUUCUUUCCAACAAACAAAUUAGCCUUCUGACCAUAAUGAAGUCAUUAGACUUCCCUGUAGCACACUCAGCGUGGAGGAUUGUUGCUGCAAAAAGGGCAGGAUUUUACUCUGCUUGUACUCAGAACCCGUAAUGCUUGCAUUCAAGACUUU